AUGCGCGCAUGCGUUCUUCCGCCUCAAAAGACCCGGGGAGAAAAGGACGAUGUGAGGGAAGGAGGGGGAGCACUUUUGGUGAGAAUGGAGGCCCCCACCUUCAAUUCUUGCGCUUUACUCAAUGCCUCCUUCAAUGGGACUCACGGCAUUGGAGAAAAUUGCAGCGUUGACUGUGAUCACGUGGAAGUCGUUCCUCCGGACGUCCAAAUCCUAUCCUAUGUCAUGUAUGGCAUCAUCUUCCUCGUCUCUCUGAUCGGGAACGGACUCGUGUGUUACGUCGUCUUCUCCACGCCUCGAAUGCACACUGUCACCAACUACUUCAUCUUCAACAUGGCUGUGGGUGACAUUCUCAUGACGUGUCUCUGCGUUCCCUUCUCCUUUGCGUCCGCUCUCAUUCUUCAGUAUUGGCCAUUUGGCUGGGAAAUGUGUGGUAUUGUGAGCUUCAGUCAAGCCGUUUCCGUGUUCGUCAGCGCUUACACUAUGGUGGCCAUCAGCGUGGACCGAUACUUGGCCAUCAUUUACCCUUUGAAGCCUAGGAUGACCCGUUUACAGGCCAUGGUGAUUGUGGGAGGGGUGUGGUUCGUGGCCGUCGCUACAGCCAUGCCGAUCGCCAUCGUAUCGAAACUCGUAAAACCAGACGAUCUCUGGUACCAAGUGUGUGACCGAUACGUCUGCAUGGAAGACUGGGGAGAUCAGUUACAGAGCUUCUACUAUACCCUGGCCCUCAUGAUCCUCCAGUAUGUCAUUCCUUUGCUCACCCUUCUCGUCACAUACACGAGGAUUGCCAUUGUGAUCUGGGGGGAGACUCCUUACAUGGAAGCAGAACUCGGACGAGCUCAGCGAAUGGCCAAGUCGAAACGCAAGGUUUAUGUCAACAAUUCCGUUUAA